AUAAAGCUUGAAGAGAGCGCACACACACACACCUUUCCACAAAAUCCCAAUUUCACCAAAAAAAAAACAUGAAAUUCAACUAAAAACUCACCACCAAAGAAUCAAAACCCCAAAAAUGGCAUCAAUCUCAUCAUCUUCUUCUUCUUCCUCAAUCCUUUGCUCCCAUGAUUUCACCACCAAAAAGACAUCGUCCCGCCAUCUGACCACAAAUCGAAUCACUCCUCCGUUAUCACCUCCUUCAAUAAUCGGCAUUCGAUCUUCUUCAAUCUGCAAGCUCUCGAAUCCAUUGAUUCGUGAUUUUAAUGGAAGAUCGAGAAAAGGAAGCAGUUUCAUAUGUUCAGCAGUUGAUCCAUCGGUUGUUCCUUCAGCUCUCCUCUUCGAUUGCGAUGGCGUGCUCGUUGAUACCGAGAAGGACGGACAUCGCAUCUCCUUCAAUGAUACAUUCGACGAAAAAGAGUUGGGUGUAACAUGGGAUGUGAACUUGUAUGGUGAAUUGCUUAAAAUUGGUGGUGGAAAAGAAAGAAUGACAGCUUACUUUAACGAAACGGGUUGGCCAGAAAACGCGCCAAAGGGUGAACAAGAACGGAAGGAGUUUAUAGCUUCACUCCACAAGCGAAAAACCGAGCUGUUUAUGGUCCUCAUAGAGAAGAAGUUGUUGCCACUUCGCCCCGGAGUUGCAAAAUUGAUUGAUCAGGCUUUUGCCAAAGAUGUCAAAGUUGCUGUUUGCAGUACUUCUAACGAAAAGGCGGUGUCUGCGAUAGUCUCGUUUCUUUUGGGAGCUGAGCGAGCGGCAAAAAUCCAAAUAUUUGCAGGAGAUGUGGUUCCUCGUAAAAAACCUGAUCCGGCGAUUUACAAACUAGCAGCCACCACUUUGGGUGUUGAACCAUCAAGAUGUGUGGUUGUAGAAGACAGUGGGAUCGGGCUCGCAGCUGCAAAAGCCGCAGGAAUGACAUGCAUCGUCACAAAGAGUGGUUACACGGCGGAUGAGGACUUUGCAAACGCAGAUGCAGUUUUCGAUUGCAUCGGAGACCCACCAGAAGAACGAUUUGAUCUUGCAUUUUGCAGCAGCCUUCUUCAAAAACAGUAUGCUUAGAUUGCAACCCGUAGAUGUUUGUCAUUUCAAGAAAGAAAAAGAGGCUUCACAAAUUGCAAAAAUGUAAAUUGUGGGUGCAUGUUUCGGAUAUCGCACAAACUAUGUGUAUGAGGUACAAUAUUUUAGUUAUGUAUACAUGGACCGUUCAACGUUUUAUCAACGACGAUCUCGUGUGCAAAUAUUUCAACAAUCAAUACAUCAUGAUUAUGUUA